AUGAUCGCCAACCCCUUCCUGAGAGACGAAAUUGCGUUCGAUCUCUUCAGGGGCCUGCAGGGCAUCGGUGCAGCGGCAAAUGUGCCUACAGCCAUCGGACUACUCGGAUCCCUAUUUCCCCCUGGGAAGGCCAAGAACUAUGCCUUUAGCACGUAUGCCGCCGGUGCUCCCUUGGGUUCUAUCUUCGGAAAUCUCUUAGGUGGGAUUAUUGCAUCUUAUGCCAGCUGGAAAUGGGUCUUUGGUGUCAACGCAGCUCUAGCUAUUGCUGUCACAGCAGCAGGGGUAUUCCUGAUACCCCCUCCGCUGCAGAAGGAGACCACAGAGAAAGAAUUCAAGUCUCUAGUUGGCUCCGUCGACUGGUUUGGGGGCAUUGUGAUAACAUCCGCGAUCUUGGCUCUCCUCUUCGGAUUAACGGAAGGUAAUGUCGUCGGAUGGAGUACCGUGUGGAUUUACCUCCUCAUUGUUAUAUCACUUCUGCUGAUUGGCAUCUUUGUUGCGUGGCAAUGGUACCAGGAAACGCACACCUCACGCCCACCCUUAAUGAAGGUCUCACUAUUUAAGAACAAGCUGUUCAGUGUGGCAAUGGUGAUCAUGGCAAUCUUCUUCGCUACUUUCAACGACUUCCUGAUCUACGCGACCUACUUCUACCAAGAUUUUCAAGAUAUUGGGCCGCUGCAGACAACUCUCCGGUUUCUGCCAACUGGUAUCACGGGCAUUAUCGUGGCCUUCAUCGUAUCGCGUCUCAUUUCUAAGGUUCCUACCUACAUGAUGCUGAUGCUGGGUAAUUUUGCCGUUGCGCUAGCUUGUCUCCUGUUCGCCAUUCCGAUACCAGCAGACACUUCUUACUUUGCCUACGGGUUGAUCGCAAUGAUACUGUCGGUGGUGGGUGCUGACAUUACCUGGCCGUGUCUAACAUUAUUCGUCUCAGAAUCCGUUCCAAGAGAAGACCAAGCAAUAGGCGGAGCAUUGAUCAAUGCUUGUGGUCAGGUUGGUCGAGCGAUUGGCUUGGCUAUCACUACAGCAGUUCAAACAGCCGUCAUGGCUCAGGCACGAGGUACUCCGGUUGAAAAAUCUGGAAAGGUCGAACCGUGGGACACACCCUCGCUCUUGGGAAUGCGCGCGGCACAGUGGCUGAACUUUACUCUAGCACUUCUGGGUGUUGGUAUUGUUGGGCUUGCUUUCAGAGGAACCGGAAUAGUCGGCAAAGUUGUACAGGAGCCAGGGCGUACGGGUGGCAAAGAAGGGGUUAUGAAUGAAGAGAGGGUUGGUAAAGAAUGA